AUGGCGAUUGCAAAUUCAACUGAGGAUGGAAAUCAUACAAUCACAAAGAGCUCUGUAGCGCUUCAGUUCUUGGAGCAGCUCAGGACAUUUUCAUUUCAACUUUGGAUAUUCCAUUAUCCAUCAUUGCAUUUGUAGGGAAUAUUUUGAUCAUUGUUGCUCUUCAGAAGGUUUCGUCGCUUUAUCCGCCGUCGAAACAUUUGCUCGGUUGUCUGGCGAGCACAGAUUUGGGCGUGGGCCUCAUACACAUCCCCUACGAGGUGGAAUCCAUUUGUCUCGAGAUCACUCGAAGGACUGGUACUACUU